GAACAGAAACAUUAUGGCUGCCAGUCUUUCCUUGACUCAGCUUUCAAGUGGGAACCCUGUCUAUGACAAGUACUAUCGACAGGUGGAUCCAUCUGGCAGUGGGCGGGUAGGAGCUGCCGAUGCAGCCUUGUUCUUAAAAAGAUCUGGCCUUUCAGACCUGGUCCUUGGCAAGAUUUGGGACUUUGCAGAUUCAGAGCGUAAAGGUUUUCUAAACCAACAGCAAUUUUUUGUAGCUCUGCGAUUAGUGGCUUGUGCUCAGAAUGGCCUUGAAGUUGCCCUCAAAAGCCUUAACGUGGCUGUGCCACCACCAAAGUUUCAGGAUACUACCAGUCCUCUCUUGCCUGGAGCCGUGCCAGUUGACAGCCCAUGGAUUGUCAAGGCAGACGAGAAGCUGAAAUUUGAUGUCAUCUUUGAAAGUCUUUCACCGGUGGGUGGCAUGCUUACAGGCGACAAGGUCAAACCAGUGCUGCUCAACUCCAAGCUCCCUGUGGACGUACUGGGAAGGGUUUGGGAGCUCAGUGAUAUAGACAGAGAUGGAAUGCUGGACAAAGAUGAGUUUGCGGUGGCCAUGUAUCUUGUGUACAGAGCUCUUGAGAAUGAGCCUGUGCCCAUGGUUUUGCCUCCCCCCUUGAUUCCACCAUCAAAACGAAAAAAGAUGUCUCCAGCUCCAGUGAUGCCCCUCCUUCCUUCACCCCCAACACUGAAAGACAGGAGUUCUAUAAACUCUGGGUCCAAAACUCUUCCAGCUAAAGUCACACAGCCACAGUGGGUUGUCUCUCCUGCCGAUAAAGCUAAGUAUGACGAGCUCUUCGCUAAGAGAGACGGUGACAUUGAUGGGUUGGUGUCUGGACCAGAAGUGAGGGAUAUCUUUCUUAAGUCUGGUCUACCCUCUGCAACUCUUGCACGCAUAUGGGAACUUUGUGACAUUGGAGACAUUGGAAAGUUGACCAGAGAGCAGUUUGCACUGGCACUUUAUCUUAUCAAUCAGAAGCUCUCCAAAGGAAUUGACCCACCACAGAGUCUCUCACCAGAAAUGAUCCCUCCCUCUGACAGGCUGUCAAGACAGAAUUCUGCAGUUUCGUGUCAGGCUGCAGACUUCUCAGCCAUCAAGGAGUUGGACUCUCUCAGUAAUGAGAUCGUGGAACUGCAGAGAGAGAAGAGCUCAGUGGAGCUGGAGAUCAAAGAGAAAGAAGAGAGCAUCAGACAGAGGACCAGUGAGGUGCAGGACCUGCAGGAUGAGGUGCAGAAGGAAAGUGAGGAACUGCGUAGGCUGCAGGCAGAACGCCAGGAAGUGCAGGAGGCUCUGGAGAGACUGGAUGAGCAAAAAUCGUCCCUGGAGGAGCAGCUCAAGCUCAUACGCCAGCAGUGCAGCCAGGAGAACCAGCUGAUUCAGUCUUUGCAGACAGAGCACUCGGAGCAAGAGCAGAGGAUAGGAGAUUAUGAGGAUGAGCUGGUAAGGUCCAGAGAGGAGCUGCUUUGUCUUCAGAAGGAAUCACAAACUCUGGGGGAGAAGGUGCGAUCCGCUCGCGCUCAACUUUGCCCUCUACAGGAAGCCGUUACAGAGUCCCACACACAGAUUGCCCAGAUGCAGGAACAGCUCACUGAGCUAAAGACAGAAGAGCGAGAGGUCACAGCCCAACUUUCUUGGAAAGUCUUAGAAGAGGAUCCACCUCUUGUCAAUGGAACAGCUCCCCCUGCUGAACAGCCCAUGCUGCUGCAAUGGCCACAAGCCACAGAACAGUCAGCCAAGGAACCAAGAGAUGAAGAGGAAGAUGAGGACGAACAGACGCCCACAGAUGAACCUAAUGAACUGAGGGUGACUAAAGAGCAGCCUGACGAGGAAACAGUCGAGCUUCCCUCCAGCCCUGAUGAGGCUGAACCAGAAGCUGACUUUUCAGAAGUUCCAUACACUAGCAUGAAGUCCACAGCUAGCACCCUUAGUGCUGCUUGGCCUCAGAAUCAUCCGGAAGUCGCUAGUUCCUCACCUGCUGUAGAAUGGGAUUUGAGAGUAGUGGAAAUGAACCAGCCACUCAGCACCAGCACGACAAAGGUGGAAUCUCCAGUUCUGAAGCAAAAGGAAGAAUCCUCAAAGCCUGUCACUGCUCGCACUGGUAGCCCAGCACCUGCCUCUGACUUCUUUCAGUCUGACCCUUUCAUUGACAGUGAUCCUUUUAAAAGCAAUGAUCCCUUCUCAAAAGACAUUGCUGAUCCAUUUGGUGGUGAUCCCUUUAAAGGCACGGAUCCAUUUGCAACAGCCUUCUUCAACCAGCCUUCCUCAACCACCUUUCCCUCUGCAGAUCCUUUUGCUUCCUCUGACCCAUUUAUCUCAAACACUGCCUCUACAGAACCGGACCUGUUCUCAGCCCAGGUCACCAACACUGCAGCAUCUGAUCCGUUCUCUGGAGCCACGCCUACACUUUCAGCAGAUCCAUUUAGUGCCAACAGCGACGGUACACCAUUCACUUCCAAAGCAGAUGCUCUUGCUGAUGCUGAUCCGUUCAGCUCAACAGCUGGAGCAGGGGACGACCCUUUCACGGAGUCAGAUGUGCAAGCCAAGGACACACCAGCAGCAGCUAAUGACCCAUUUGCUCCUGGAGGAACAGCAGUGAAUGCUGACUCAGACCCAGAUCCAUUUGCCACAGUCUUUGGGAAUGAGUCUUUUGCUGGAGGUUUUGCAGACUUCAGCAGUCUAGCAAAGUCUAAUGGUGCUGAUCCUUUUGCCUCAUCAAACACACUCAAUAAGAAUCUGUUUAAAGAAGACAGCCAAUCAGAUGUGCCUCCUGCUUUACCACCUAAAACUGGCACCCCUACCAGACCGCCACCACCUCCACCAGGUAAGCGGUCAAACAUCUACCGAUCGAACUCGUCUGACUCGUUUCAGAGGCGAGGGAUGUUUACGCCACAGGGUUCCGAAGAUAUCUCCUCCCUCCCUGCUAAAGACACCGUGCCGGACCCUUUCGCACCCUCUGCCCCAUGCCAAGCCCCACGCGAGUCUGACCGAUUUGCCAGCUUUGACAAAUACCCCACAGAGGAGGACAUGAUUGAGUGGGCAAAAAGGGAGAGUGAGCGUGAGGAGAGGGAGCGUGUUGCUCGACUCACACAGCAAGAACAGGAGGAUCUGGAGCUGGCCAUUGCACUUAGCAAGUCCGAAUUUUCUUGACCUGAGCCACACCUAAAUCCCACUGCCGAUGAAGAAUGAUGCGCUGCAAUUAUGGGUGCUGGGGCUGGUUCAGUCUCGUUCUUUUUAGCAUAAACACCACCACUCUCCAGUCCAUCUUCCACUACCUGUCUGUCUGUCACCUCUCAUCAUGUAGACAGCGACUCUUCCUAAAGCAGUGUGGCAAAGGACAGAGAUAAUUGUGAAAAGGUGAAGGACUAAACUCAAACCUCUGUGUAUUACUUUGUGUGUUGUUGUUUUAAAAGUGUACGCAAUAUCUGUUAGGUUCCUGUAGUCUGUCUGUAUUCUCGUUCUAAUUCAAUCAAAACUUGUCUGGCACAUUAGCAUGACUGGCACAUUAAUAUACAGAAACUCACAUUUUAAUAUUCCAUGCAAAAUUGAGAUCAGAUCCUAAUAGCAGUAUCAGUAUCACAUCACUAGCAUUAUGGCAGAAGGUUUUGAGACGAUUUGUUUUCCCAGUUUGGUGUUGUCAAGAUCUUGCAAGUUCUUGACAUAAAUAAAUCAGUGGCACGAAUAAAUCAGAUAUAACCUGAUGCCAGUCUUGUAUAUCAGGCAAUUGAUGCUGCUAUUUAGUAACAGUAUUGUAGUAGUUCACUAAUAAUACAUUUUAGAAUUGUGGUGUUAAAUUAAGCAGUAUCGGAUAAAUUAUUGUCAGUAAAACUAUACUUUUUUUUCCUAUUUGGAUACAUGUGUAAAACCUUACAUCGUUUUGCGCGGAAAAGCAGGCCUACAGUCUGGAAGAGCCAAAGUGUGCUAUUGCAGUCUGUAAGAGUCAGAGAGAGCAUAAUCAGCUGUGUUUUUAGCUGAGAUGGAGAACAUGGAAAACAAUCUCAGGCAUUUGUAAGCCCAUGUGUAUGAAAAUGCAAAAUUAGCAUCCUUGUUGAUCAAAUUAAUCUGCCCACCAAUGUUGCAUGAGCUUGAGUGUGAAAAAAAGGUUAUAUAUAUCACAACUAAAAUGUGAAGUCAACCUUUUUUACUAUUGUCAGUACAAUUACAAUGCUUAGAAUCGCAUUAUCUUUCAUAAUGUAAAGCAUAUAAUUAUAAAAUAUUAACUUAAUGGGUAAAGUACAGCUAACCCAAGAUACAACACUUCCUUUAAGACAUGCUGUGUCCUGAUUUUUUUGUAUUCGUAUAACUUUAUAUGCUAUUACUAAGUGCAGGGCUACCCAGUCCCAGUUUUGUACAGAGCUCAAAUGCAGCAAAGUAGCAGUGUUCCAGUGAUCAUCUAAUUCAAUUCACCAUUUAAUUACCAUGUUCAGUAGGAUGUAAAAGUAGCCGUAAUGGCAUCAUAUUCACUACAUAGAGCUCUGUAUUGAGAAUAUUGCCAUUUUGAUAAGAAAUGCACAAAAAAAAUCUAAAUGCACUAAUACAUAAGAACACAACUCCACCACUGGGAAACAUAAGUCUAAAAAAAUUACCCGGUUUAAUAUGUAGCAAAGCAGGAAAAUCAUCACACACAGCCGUACUACAUGAUGUUUUACCCUGUGUGUUUAACCGCUACAGAAUACUCAUAAUGCAUUAUACAUAAUGUAAAUGAGGAAUUGGGUUUCACUUGGACCCAAUACCUCAUUUAAAACAAAGUCAUAGGCAACAAACAUGCAAUAGGCUUGUAUACAGAAGCAGGGGCCACACUUCCAUGUUUCAUAGGCUACAACUUGAGCUCCUGGUUAAAGUAGGUUUCUCAGUGGCUUUGCUUUACACAAAUGUCCUCCAAAACACAAUUAGAAUGUUACAAAAAACUGAAAUUCCCGUAGUUAUAAAAUUCACACUAAUCUGUCCUUUAAAUUCCAUUUGCAAGUAUUUGAUAAAGUACUCAGAUGUCUUGUAUGGCAGUUAAAAUCAGUUUAUAGCCUAAGUACAUGAAAUUGUACAGUAUAUAUUAUAAUAGAAUUGUUUUCUGUAAUUGUGUAAUUAUAUCUUUUAUCAUACUCUUAGCAUGAUGUAGUGGUAAAUUGUAAGCAGUACAUUAUUAUCAAACAGAAGUAUAUGAAGCAAACUUUUAGUCCCAGUUCCUUAAACAAAAGAACACACUUUUUUGCAGUAUUUUUUAAUAAUUUAUAAAUUUCCUUAAAGCUACUUGUUCGUAAUUUGUUGAGGGCUUACGUAGGAAUAACGGGGCGACACAUAAGGGAAACAGAAUAGAUCCAAAUGUUCAGUUAUUUGUUACUCCAAACACUGUAAGAAUGGGAAUUAAUUGAAUGAAUUUACACAAAUAUUAACAUUAACAGAAAACAAACCAUCUUUUUGUCAACUAUUGUUUCUAAGUGGUUACCAAGUAAUAAUACAUGUACGAUUAUUCGUGUUGAACCAUUACAGGGAGCUUUUGGUAUUGCUUUGCUUUGCCAAGCAUAAUCUGUGUCUGUUCUUUUGUUUGACCUUAAGGGUAUUGUCUUCAUUCUGAUGUCUUAAAUGAGUGCAAGAACUAUUGAUUACCCUUUUAAACAAUGGAUGCACUUUGUCAGUCAGAUUUUGCAUAUGAAAGCAUUAGUCAUGCUAAACAGGACACAAAGACCUUUGCUUCUGAUGUUUCAUAUUUCACAUGAUGCCUUUUUGUAUCAAGGCUUUUCAUUAGAUUUGAGAUCUUUCUUAGACUCAAAACUUGAAUUUAGUUUAAUAAGACAUUGUGCAUUCUGACCAAUACAUGUGCCUCACAGUUUAUGGUUUAAGGUUGAUGAGCAUUACAAACAUGUAUAAGCAUGGCAUCUUUGUGUUAGUACUACAUUAGACAUUUAUCUGUUAGCACUCCUUAUAAAACUAGGCUUCGGAUUGUAACUGCUUCUCUGAGACCUUUUAUAAGAAUUUCAGUUAUGUAUGUAUAGGCCUUUUUCUGAUCAAAACCACUUAUGUAUUGGCUGUCUACUGGCUUUUAAAACUGGCUUAAUGUAUUUUAUUUUUUUUAACUUUACAAAGUGUGUUUCCUUUCAUAAGGACAGUUGUUUAAAUAUGUUAACAUAAAUAAAUCUAUAGAAUAAA